GAUUAUCAUGAUUAAUUGACUUUCAAUUCUUUAUCUUACUCAUUUUUUAAAAGGUCAAAAAUUAUCUCCUUUUAUCUCAAUUUCACCCAAAACUUUCAUGAUUAAGCAAUUUAGUCCAUGAGUCUCAACUUUUUUUCAAGUCAAUCUUUCAUGUUUUGAAUUUAAUCAAAUCAGUCCUUCAUGUUUCGAAUUUAAUCAAAUUAGUCCCUUUAAUUUUUAUUUGUGCUUAUGAUGCCUCAUGUCUUUGAUUUUGUUCAUUUUAGUCCAAAAUUGAAAAUAUGUUUUAAUCUGGUUUAUCUUUUUUCUUUUCUUUUCUUUUCUUUUUUUAAGUUUGCCCAUUAAGACUUAAAUAUAAACAAAAUGAAUAAGUUGAAUUAAAACAUCCCAAUGUUAAAGUAUGCAACCAUGUUUAAACCGAGGAUUAUGAGAUGCGCGCAUACCUUUCCUUACUCUUAACUGAACCCCUGAACCCCGAUCUCUGUCAAAACCCAUUUGGCUUGCAACUAGAGAAGAGGAAACCAACUAGAGCUCCUUCUUGGGUAUGGGAACAUUUUACUAAGAAGGAAAUUAAAGGUGCUUCUAAAGCUAUUUGUAAUUAUUGUGGAACUAAUUAUUCAUUUAAAAGCUCAAAAAAUGGCACCUCAACUAUGAGUCAUCAUCUAAGGGUCAAUGUAGAAAAUUUCCUAAAGAAAGGGAUCCUAAACAAAAGGUUCUGUCAUUUCAACCCAAGACAAAGGAGUCAAAAGAGAAAGUGGGCUGUAACUUGACCGUUGUUGCUUUUGAUAAAGAAGCAAGUAGACUAGCAUUUGCCAGGAUGAUUAUUGUUGAUGAGUAUUACACAGCCUUGAUUUCAAGUUCCAUCUAGAAUCACUACUACAAGGGAUGUUUCUAAGCUUUACAUAACAGAGAAAAAAAAGUUAAAAGAUAUGCUUAGUAGAAACUUAUAGCAUGUGAGCCUUACCACUGAUUGUUGGACCUCUAUUCAAAAUCUAAAUUAUAUGUGUUUGACUGUCUAUUUCAUAGACAAUGAUUGGACCUACCACAAAAGGAUUAUUGGUUUUUGGCAAAUUAUUGACCACAAAGAUGCAAAGAUUCAAAGGUUGUAUUGAACAUGAAAAAAUCCAAUGUAAAUCAUUAGUUUGUUUAGAUGUUUCAACAAGGUGGAACUCCACUUAUUUGAUGCUUGAAGCUGCCCUUAAGUUUCAGAAGGUCUUUAAGAGGCUUCAUGAUAUUGAUGGGUUGUAUUUGAUGGAAUUUUCCUUUGGAGAGAAUGUGAGUGAGAGAAAGAAAGGGUCUAGUCAUGUCACAUCUCACAUGUAUUUUCAUGAUGUCUCCACAAUUCUUAACUUGUUGAACAAGUGGAGUGGAAGUAACAAUCCAUUGUUUUCUACAAUAGCUGAAAAAAUGAAGGAAAAGCAUGAGAAGUAUUGGGGAGCAGCAUCUAACAUGAACGUCUUAAUUUUUAUUGCAUGUGUGCUAGACCCAAGAUAUAAGCUAAGUUUUGUUGAAUUUAUUUUUGGGAAACUCUAUGAUAAGAUUAUUGUAGAGACCUUAAGUUACAAAGUGAAAAGUACUCUAAAUAAGAUGUUUGAAGAGUAUUGCACACUCGAUCUUUAUGAAGAGAAAAUGAGCAUGGAAAAUGAAGAAGAUGGUAAAAAUGAAGUUGAUUUGUACUUGGCAGAGGAUAAAGAGAAGAAAAGUGACAAAUUCCACAUCUUGAAUUGGUGGAAAGUUAACUCCUUGAGAUAUCCAAUCCUAUCCUUGAUAGCAAGGGAUGUAUUUGUUGUCCCAAUGUCUACAGCGGCUUCAGAGUCUGCUUUUAGCACUGGAGGCCGUGUAUUGGAUCCAUAUAGAAGCACUUUAAGUCUUAAAACAAUGGAGAUACUUAUUUGUACUCAAAACUGGUUUCGAUCUAGACCAUUGCCAAAGAAAAUGGAAACACAAGAAGUUGCAUAUGAAAUUGAGCAAGUUACUAAACUACUUUGACUAACAAUUAAUAAUUUUAAAGUUGUAUU